AUGUCAUCUCCACAACCAUUGUCACAGAUCCACGGGAGCCUCCAAGAGCUUGUGAAAACAAUCAAACUCGAUGUCCCCCCUCAACGUUACAUUCAAGAACAUCGUGAACCCACCUUUGUUUCUACCAGUGCUAAUUCGCCCCUGCCGUCUAUCCCAGUCAUUGACAUGAACGAUCUUAUGAGCAUACUAGCAGGAUCCGAUAAUAUGGAUCAUCAACUGCAAAAUCUGCGCUAUGUAUGCCACGAAUGGGGGAUCUUUCAGUUGGUGAAUCAUGGAGUUGACAAAUUGUUGGUGGAGAAGAUGAAAGAGGAGGUGAGAAAGUUUUUCGACAUGUCGGUAGAAGAGAAGCUAAGGUACAAGCUGAUGGCAGGUGACUAUCAAGGGUAUGGCCAAACCAUACUCCAUACUCAGGAUCAGAAAGUUGACUGGGCUGAUCGCUUCUAUAUGAUCACCAAUCCUGUUCACAGGAGAAAAUCCAACUUGCUUCCAGACUUCCCUCCACGACUUAGAGAUACCAUGGAGAAAUACUUGCAAGAAAUGCAGAAGCUAGCCAUGACGUUGUUCGGGCUAAUGGGGCAAGCGGUAGAUAUUGACAAGAAAGAGAUGAUAGAUGUUUUUGAUGAUGGGAUGCAAUCCAUAAGGAUGACUUACUAUCCUCCCUGCCCCCAACCGGAUCUGGUGAUCGGCCUCACUCCUCACUCUGACGCAGCUGGAAUUACCAUUCUUCUCCAAGUCAACGACGUCGAGGGCUUGCAAGUUAAGAAAGACGGCGUGUGGAUCCCCGUCAGCUUUCUUCCUGAUGCUUUGAUUGUAAAUGUUGGAGACAUCCUUGAGAUCAUGAGCAAUGGUGUGUACAACAGCAUUGAGCACAGGGCAACUGUUAAUGAAACAAAAGAAAGGAUUUCAUUAGCCAUGUUUUUCAAUCCAAAGCUUGAAGCAGAUGUUGGUCCUGCCAAGAGCCUCCUAAGAAACACAGGAGACCCGCCCUUGUAUAAAACACUCGUUAUGGAACAGUAUCUCAAGGAUUUCUUCUCGCGCAAGCUCAACGGAAAAACAUUUCUCGAGAAAAUGAAAAUCCGAUAUGAUGAAGUCGGGGAUGCUUGAUCGAAUUUCUACCUACCUUGC